UUCAAACAAAUCAACAUGUGUCCAGCUCCUUGCAGUACAACGACGAUGCCAACAAAACGUCCAGUUGCACCGCAACAGAAACCUGAUUGGUCGUUUCGCAAUGUGCCGGAUCCUCAACUCCAAGCGAGGGGAUCAGGAUGGUUCAGACGCUACAGUCCAGGGAACAUCACUGCCAGAACCAAUCCUACCACCCGUGAGACUCUGUCUAGCGUUGAGACGGAAAGAAUACCGCCUCCAGAAAAUGGAGAGCUGGCGCGAAAGCUCAACACAGUUUCCGGUUCGGACUGGACAGCUUGGCUUCCAACUAUCUGAUCGUCGUCCUACCGCAGGUGCCCGGCUUUGGGGCUCUGCGAAAGAUCCAGGGACAUCUAUGAGAGGGACAUCCACAAUUGUACGACAUUGUCGGUUCAUUGACACAUUCAGCAGCAUCUGCCGACGGGUCAGGGCCAGAGUUCGAGGUCCCAACUCACUAAAAAUGGACAUUCGAGCACUCGAAGGGCUGAAAAGCAGUCUAACUCAAUUAAUUACGAUGCCUAUCACCGAUAUUUCAUCCUUAUGAAGCUUUAUCAUUCGCCUUUCUAACGGGUUACUG